UAUAAAAUACAGUUAACAGCUUUCUCUCUCUUACUCGCUCGAAAGGGUAGAAGCAUCUCAAAGUCUUCGAACAGAUCUAGAGACAGUGAAACCCUAAUUCCAUGGAUCGAUCGUGGAGAGAUCGAGGCUCUUUGAUCUUGUUAGGGAUCUUGUUGUCAGGAUGUCUAUUUGCAUUCGCCACUGCAAAAGAGGAAGCAACUAAGUUGGGAACAGUUAUUGGGAUAGAUCUCGGCACGACCUAUUCGUGUGUCGGUGUUUACAAGAAUGGUCAUGUGGAAAUCAUAGCCAAUGACCAAGGAAACCGCAUUACCCCAUCAUGGGUGGCAUUCUCGGAUACUGAGAGACUGAUUGGAGAGGCCGCAAAGAAUCAGGCGGCUGUCAAUCCUGAAAGAACCAUCUUUGAUGUCAAAAGAUUAAUUGGAAGAAAGUUUGAGGACAAAGAGGUGCAAAAGGAUAUGAAGCUUGUUCCAUACAAGAUUGUAAACAAAGAUGGAAAGCCAUACAUACAAGUCCAGAUUAAGGAUGGUGAGACCAAGGUUUUCAGCCCUGAGGAGGUCAGUGCUAUGAUUCUAACUAAAAUGAAAGAGACAGCCGAAGCAUUCCUUGGAAAGAAAAUUAAGGAUGCUGUUGUUACAGUCCCUGCGUAUUUUAAUGAUGCUCAAAGACAGGCUACCAAGGAUGCUGGUGUUAUUGCUGGACUGAAUGUAGCCAGGAUAAUCAAUGAACCAACAGCCGCAGCCAUUGCCUAUGGUUUGGAUAAGAAGGGUGGGGAGAAAAACAUCCUUGUGUUCGACCUUGGUGGUGGGACAUUCGAUGUCAGUAUCUUGACAAUUGAUGGUGGGGUUUUUGAGGUUCUGGCCACAAAUGGAGACACCCAUCUUGGAGGUGAGGACUUUGAUCAGAGAAUCAUGGAGUAUUUCAUCAAGCUGAUCAAGAAGAAACAUGGAAAGGACAUCAGCAAAGACAACAGGGCACUUGGGAAGCUGAGGAGGGAGUGUGAGCGUGCGAAGAGAGCAUUGAGCAAUCAGCACCAAGUCCGUGUGGAAAUCGAGUCUAUUUACGAUGGCUUGGAUUUCUCUGAACCACUGACCCGUGCCCGGUUUGAAGAACUAAACAACGAUCUGUUCAGGAAGACUAUGGGACCUGUCAAGAAGGCCAUGGAUGACGCCGGACUGCAGAAGACCCAGAUUGAUGAGAUUGUUCUUGUAGGCGGAAGCACUAGGAUUCCGAAGGUUCAACAACUUCUUAAGGAUUACUUUGAUGGGAAGGAACCAAACAAAGGUGUGAACCCAGAUGAGGCCGUUGCUUAUGGUGCAGCAGUACAAGGAAGCAUCUUAAGCGGGGAAGGUGGUGAAGAAACUAAAGAUAUUCUUCUCUUGGACGUUGCCCCUCUCACUCUUGGUAUCGAGACAGUUGGUGGAGUGAUGACAAAGCUGAUUCCCAGAAACACUGUCAUCCCCACAAAGAAAUCCCAAGUAUUCACUACUUACCAGGAUCAGCAGACGACUGUCUCCAUCCAGGUUUUUGAGGGUGAGCGGAGUCUCACCAAGGACUGCAGGAGUCUCGGGAAAUUUGAUCUCUCUGGGAUACCUCCAGCUCCAAGGGGCACGCCUCAGAUUGAAGUCACAUUUGAAGUUGACGCCAAUGGCAUCCUUAAUGUGAAGGCCGAAGACAAAGGCACGGGCAAGUCAGAGAAGAUCACCAUCACCAACGACAAGGGGCGGUUGAGCCAGGAGGAGAUCGACCGCAUGGUCCGCGAGGCAGAGGAGUUUGCCGAGGAGGACAAGAAGGUGAAGGAGAAGAUCGAUGCCCGUAACAGCUUGGAGACAUACAUCUACAACAUGAAGAACCAGGUCAGUGACAAGGAUAAGCUUGCUGACAAGCUCGAGUCUGAGGAGAAGGAGAAGAUCGAGGCUGCUGUCAAGGAGGCACUUGAAUGGCUGGAUGACAACCAGAGUGGGGAGAAGGAAGACUACGAGGAGAAGCUGAAGGAGGUGGAGGCCGUCUGUAACCCGAUCAUCACUGCUGUUUAUCAGAGGUCUGGUGGGGCCCCUGGUGGUGGGUCAGAGGGAAGUGAUGACGACGAUGACUCGCAUGACGAGCUGUAGGAACCUUUUUCGGCCUUACCACUAGCAGAGAAAUGAGACAUGAGAUGGUAGGUUUCUUACUGGGAGAAGGAAGGGCGUGCGUUGUAUUUGAAUGUUUUUUUGCUUCUCCCAACACUGGAUUUUUAAAGGUACAGACGAAGAGAUGAAUUUUAUGAUCUUGCCUGGGUGGGCCGCAUGAGUAUCAAGCAUGAUAUUCCGGCCAUCUAAGAAGAGGCAGGUAUGGUUUUUUGGGGUACCUACUUUCGUAGUGCUGUUAUAGAGGUACAUGUUAUCAAAAACACUAAUGAAAGUGAUUUUCAUUCAA